AUGCAGGUAUACCCGGAGCCUGCCCCGCCCUCCCCUGCGGAGAACCUGCGCUGGCUGGAGGAUCAGCUAGACGUGACGUACUCCCCUGUGUGCUGCUCCUAUAAUGCCGGAACAACUACCUUGCUCCUUCGGCUGCCAAGCGCGGCCUGGGGUGUCGGUGGUGUAGCCAGCGGCGGCGCAGCCAGCGGCGAGAAGAACAGUGGGGGUCGAGGACGUGAUCCUUCGUUAGACGGCAUGGGGUGGCGUAACGAGGGUGCCAGUGAGCAGAGCCUGGUGGAUAUAUUCGGCCGCAUUCACAGUCUAGAUGCUCUGAAACUGCAGCGCCAACCCGGUUCCUGGGGCGCGGCAGACGCCGGGCUUGUGGACCUAGUGCUGCCCAAAGGCCAGGACAGUUGCAGCAUCCCCCAGGGGAGCGACGUUGGUUUGCUGUCUCAAAGCGAGGAGACGGCCGUCUCGUGCGGUGGUGGGUCCACCAAUGCGGAGCGUUCGGAGUCUUCCCUUUCCCCCGCGGAGUUCAAGCCGUGCGACGAAGCCUACAGUUUGCGCAGCUUCCUGAACUCGUGUUUCAUGCUGCCGACGAGGAGAAAGCUGUCGGGGGGCUGGCGAAAGAAGACGAGUUCCUCCACAGAGUCCCAGCUGACGCGGGGCCCCGAGGCGGCGGCUCCGCGGGGGCUGCCGUUCCUGCAGUGGCGCAGCAGGUUUCCGAAGCUGGCGGCUGCGGGCUGCAGCGGCGCGGGGGGUGAGGGCUCUUCGGCGCAGAACAAGGGGAGUGGAGGCGGCGUGAGUUGCUUCUCCCGCUCGUUGGGGGGAUAUGCAAAUCACCAGCGCGAGACGCGCGUUGGGGGGGAAUUCGUGCAGCACGCGAGUCGUCUGUUGUCUCUGAGGAGGAAAGGCAAGCGCGGAUCUGCAGACAGCGGAAGGGCCAACGUCACGUCGCCGCUGUCCAUGGGGUCUGUGAGCUGA